AUGAGAGCACUCGCAUCGCGCCCACUGGUGCGCCCGAGAGCUUCCUUCCCCCGCGCAAGCAAUGCCAAUCCUAGACGGCCGUUCUCGGCCAAGAACACCCCGCCACCUCCGUCCGAGACUUCGGAAGAAGGGACGGCGGCAGCGGCAGCGGCUCGCAAGCAAUCGCGCCUCGACCGCGUGAUGUCGCGCCUCCCCAGCCGCCUGCAACGCCGCCUCUCGCCGCUCCGGCGCGCGCCGCUCACGCACGUCGCCGCCUUCCUCGUCCUGCACGAGGUGACGGCGGUGGUGCCGCUCGUGGGGCUCGCGGCGGCGUUCCACUACGCCGACUGGCUGCCGCCGUACGUGUCCGAGGGCGCGUGGGUCAAGCAGGGCGUCGAGCGCUUCGGGCGCUACUUCCGCCGCAAGGGCUGGAUCGCCGCGGGCGACGACGACGAGGCGGUCGCCGAGCUCGAGGAGGGCGCGAGGGCGUCGCGGCUGAGGCGCGGCGCCGGCGCCGCGUGGGGCUGGGGCGAGGGCGGCGUGAGGGUCCUGGUCGAGGUGGCGACGGCCUGGGCCGUCACGAAGGCCCUGUUGCCCGUCAGGCUGGCCGUGAGCUUGUGGGGGACGCCGUGGUUUGCGAGGGCGGUGCUGGUGCCGGUGGGGAGGGGGGUGGGGAGGCUGUUUGGUCGUGGGGGGAAGGCGAAGUCAUCGCCGCCGUCGCCGUCGUCGCCGCCGCCGCCGCCGACGGGCCGGGGUGGUGCUGGGAAGAGCUAA